AUGAUGGUCAAUACGCAUGCUCACCCGAUUCCUCACGACCUCUUUACUCAAGAAGUGCCUCCGUCGCCGACGUUGACAAAUCCCGACAUGAUCCUCCCAGUGAACCCACUGGACGAUUCAAGUCCAACACCGUUGGCCUCAUCACCCAUCUUACAGUCCUCCUCUCUCCCUAUGCGCCCUGAUUCGGCUGUCUCAUUGAGCUCAUCUCCGCCGGAUCCUGGCCCUCCUGUCGAAUUGGGGAUGGCGACCACGAUUCGAAUGCCAAUGCGAGGGGUUCCUCCUAUCAACACCAGUUAUAAUGGUUACGAACAUGGAGCGCCUCUGAGCGACAUUGGGGAAGAAGAGACGCCUAAAUCGAGAAAAAGCCGGAGGACUGACAGUCCAACAGCAUCAGACCCUCCUUCCCCCACACCAGCGGGGCCUUCAUCACGUCAGUUACGGAGGCUGAGCCAUCGUUCUUCCUCCAGCAAUGGCUCCGACCUGGGCAAUUGGGAGGAUUUUGACACCUCCAAGAUCAUGAACGAGAGACUCGCUGCAGAUGUGGCCAAGGUUCCGGAUGAUGAGAUCGAGGAUCCCGAUAGUAAGAGAAACAGCACGGUGGCGGUGAACACCGAAGACGAGAUGGCCGCACUGAACGAACGAGCGGAAAGAAUUCUUGAGCACGCCAGGAAGAGAUUAACCCACAUGGAAGACAAUCUCAGCAAAGCGCGCCACAGCAUCCUUCUUUCCUCGCGUUCGUCGCCCAAUAUGUCCGAUCUACAUCAGCCUGCUGGCGGGCUGUAUCGUUCCAUCUCUCUGGCGGGGGCCAGCCAACGCAAGUCACGAUCAUUGUAUCCCAUCGUCAGAACAAAUCCCGCCGCACAUACCCGAGGUGGCAGUGACAUCACCACCGCUUCGGGACUGAAACGCCUUUCCAUGAUUCCGGAAAUCAGGUCUGCGAGUGCUCUUGAGUACGGACGCCGACAAGAAUCUCCAUCUCAGUCCCAGAUUUCACCGCCGACCCGCACUGGAGGGCUUUCUCCUGCCAGUAAUCGCAGCUUCGAUUCACCUUUAAGAGUAUUGCAGGAGGAAGAAAGUCCUCCCGGCUCGAGCAAGACUUUACCCGAGUCCGCGACCCCACGAGGCUUAGGGAUCAAUACUUUGGCCUCUGUAUCGAAAGAAGACGUUUCCGUCGUCACCAGCAGUCCCACCACGGCCGUUGCUCGCUCUUCCUCCGCAAUGUCAAGCCAUUCUACCAAAGAGAUUCGCGAACAAAUGUCGGACCUUCGAGCCCGAAUUUCGGACUUGAAAGAUAAGGCUCAGGCCGAUAGUGUCAGAAGACGGAGUGUGCAGCAUACGAGAACGCCUAGUCCUUUUGCCAACGCACAAACGCCGGAGCUAUGGUAUACAAGUGCUCCGGAGUAUAGAGAGGCGGGAAGUCCAAUCAAUACGAACGCUGGCCAGGGCUGGAGCCCUUCUCAACAGAAGAAAGCAGUGGAAAUCAAGGUCACCCCUGUCACGCCGCAAGCACAAACCUUUCUCAGCGUCGAGCAGCCUACAACAAACGAUUCUAUGCUUUUGAGUGAGGUCAGGACGGACAAGAACACGCCGAGCCUACACAAGUCUGUCCACCUGAAUUCCCCGAUGCUCGACGAGUCAAAUUCAAUCAUCCAUGAAUCAAACUAUGAAGACGCGGCUCAAGAGUUUGAUGACGAAGAACCAGUUGCAGCCUCGGAAGAAGAGCAGAUCUACUUGAAUGAAGUUCUCGAGGAGAGCUUGCAAGAGGUUGAGCCCGAAGUCCCGGAUCUUCCCGAACAUUUUCUCCCAGGUGAUAGCGCAGCGGAACGCCACGAAGACAGACUGGAUGCCUUUGACUACGAGAACAUGUUUCUGCAUAGUGCCUUGGGAAAUUACACCGGGACAGGAACGAGAACCGAAACCCCCAGUGAGAGUGACGGCAGCAGCGUCACAACCACUCGAAUGGAUCAAAAUACCCCCACGGCAGACGAAGAUGAUGAAGAGAGAGUGUCGGAUCCACAGUCGAGCAAUGACGAAGGAGCGGACACACCAGUUCAAAAAGAAUUUCCGAAGUCAGAUGUGCUGCCAAACCCUGCCGCAUAUCUGAGGGCGCCUCCCAAACCAUGGAUGAAGGCAUCCAGGAGCAAUAGUGUGGAUUCCAUUUCGACAGAAGCCACCUUUGCCACGGCCACUGAAGGAGACGGUGGCGAUGAGGAUGAGGAGGAGGAGGAGGGCGAGGAUGGGAUGCCGAGUGAAAUCUUGCAUUGGGGAAAUGACAUUGGAUUUCCCCAGCCGCCAACGAGCCCCAGAGGAGAAAUCGCUUCUCCGUUGUGGCCAACACCGACCUUGAACGGACGCGCUCGGCAGGGUCCCGUUAGAUCACCCCGAAAUAUUCAGAUUCAGGCAUCUGUUGUGUCCAACGGCAUACCCACUCCUCCUGUUCCGUCGCCACGUACCACUCUUGCAACAGCAGACGGACUGAUCAAGCAGCAAAGUCCUCGACAGACCGAGGGGCCGGCCGACUAUCCUGCCAAUACCGAGAUCCUCAUGGAGAGUCUGAUCAAACUGGCAGAUCCAAAUUUCAAAGCCCCCGAAAGCCAAGGAUCAACGAUAUUUUCGGAAGUUGACAAGGAUCUCGUCCUCGAUCUCUUACGAGCCGUAGGGGGUGUCUGCAAUGAGAUCCUGAAAGCCGAGAGAAAACAGGAAGUACGGACGGCAAAGGUAAUGAGGAGAAGGCUCGACGAAUCCAGGAAACUAUUGGAGGAACCAGAAGACGAGUAA